AUGAGUCUCUCCCGCGACGAACAGAUCGCCGAAUAUGGCUGGACAGCUCUCCCCUGCGAUCCCAAAGAAUGGGGCGGCGGUAAGAAAAACAACAAAGAUCCUGUUCCUCAGCUAUGUAGUCAGGUACCUUUGCCUGAUACACCCUUGGUCAAAGCCGCCGUGGAGCAUGUGAAAAACGAGCUUCCAGAGCACACCUUCAACCACAGCAUGCGAGUCUUCUUCUACGGUAAUCUCAAACUGUAUCCUUACAGCAUACGCACAAAGGCUGAGUGGAGGAUACANGGUAUGGCAAUAGCCACCCAGCAAUUCCCUUCUUGGAAGUUCAGCCCAGAGACAUGGUUACUGACCUGCCUAUUCCACGACAUCGGGACUGCGGACAAACACACCCACGGCACAUUAAUGUCUUUUGAGUUCUACGGAGGCUACCUUGCCAUGGAAACGCUCAAGAAGCUCGACUCUCCAGCUGCACAAGCAGAAUCAGUCGCUGAAGCUAUAAUCCGUCACCAAGAUCCAGUGGAAACUGGUACCAUCACGACCAUUGGCUUGCUGAUUCAACUGGCCACUCAGUUUGAUAACAUGGGAUAUCGUCCUGAUUACGUCCAUCCAGACACCAUUAAGGAUGUCGUGGAGAACUAUCCUCGUCGUGGUUGGUCUGGCUGCUUUUCGAAGAAGAUCAGAGAGGAGGUUGCAGUCAAGCCUUGGUGUCAUACCACGGCGUCCACCGAGAAGUUUCCUCGUGAUGUGGAGCAUAACGAGCUGAUGGCGCCUUAUGAUGACAAGUUUUAG